AUGCGGACAAGCAGAUUACCGUGCUUCGUGGAGCUUCUCCGUGCGAGGUCCUGGGCCGACGGGCCCGUGGCUCUCAUGGGGGACGCCUGCCACCCGAUGAUGCCGAACCUCGGCCAGGGCGGCUGCCAGGCCAUGGAGGCGGCUGUGGAGGCGGAGGCGAGUCCCUGGCUGGUGUUCGCCUUCGCCUACUGGGUCGUCGCUUCCUCGGUCGGCUUCGCGGGGAGGGAGGACGGCUACGUUCUGACGCAGAAGCUGCGCGCCAUCACCAACACCUCCCAGGUGCCCGCCGCGCUCGAGGAGUAUUACUCGGAACGCAUCCUGCGCACGGCCGCCGUGCAGUUCCUCUCCCGCAUCGCCUCGGACACCCCCAGGGCGCUCAAACACGACAUGGACAGCGAGACUCACAGUGCCUCUGGCCUCGGGGCCGUGGCGGGGGACGAGGGCGAGGGCGAGGGGCCCGAGACCGACGGUGGCGAGGUGGCGAGGGCUGCAGGCUUCCAGCCGGGCGCGGCGGCGGCAUCGGGCGCGCGGGCGGCGGUGCCCGCCCCAGAGGCAGCCGCCGCUCGCGCUGGCAGCUUCCACCCCUCGGCGCAGCUCUGCCUCGGCGCAGCUGCCCCCGGCGGUAGGAUGGAGCGCGAAGGCGACGGCUUCGAAGAGUUUCUGGCAUUUCUCCACCCAGAAACCUGGAAGGAGGCCAUCGCAGUCGAACGUGCGAGACUGCGCGCGUCCAUCCAGCCUCGGCUGUUUCUGCGGCCUCGGUCGGCGGCGGCCGCCCUGACCCGUCCGACGGCCGCGCAGCGCCCCUGCUGCGCCGCCGAGGAGUUGCGGAGAGAGGCGGGCCGCAGGGCGGCAUGUGUGGAUAAAGCCGCAGCAGCAGAGGACGACGCACACGAGGCGGCCCUGGAGGCCGAGUUCAGGCGGGCGCCCCGAGUCGCCCGCACCAGCCCCCCGAAGCCGCUCGACGGCAGCUGCUCGAAGACUCCCGCAGCCGCGCGCCGCGGCGCAGCGCCCACAGCCUCGGCCGACGGCAGCGCAGCGCCCGCAGGCGGCGGCGCAGCAUCGAUCGCAGCGCCGGGGCCCAAGGCGCCGCCCGUCCGGUGCCAGUCGUUCAAGGCGCCGGCCGCCCUGCCGGACCUGCUCCUGGACACUUUCACCUUCCCGUGGAAGCCGGAGGAGGGCUUGGCAGGCCCACACGGCCAGGGCCGCGGGGACUUCAGCUACGCCCCGGUCGUUGUGAAUUACCUGAGGUGCGCCACUGGCGAUCAGCAAUCGGGCAGUGCCGAGUGGGUCUCCGCCUGGGUGGGGUCACCAUCUCCUGUUGAAAAUCCAGGGAGGAGGCGGGGUAUCGAAGAUCGAGGAGGUGUUGGGCGUUUUUGGCAAACUCUGGGCGUCCUCGCGGAUCCUCAGUGGUGCGUGGGGGGCGUUUCUUCCAGGAGGUGGCGACCCAAAUGGUGGACCCCUUUCGCGUUGCUUGGAGCAGGGUGGCUGUGCCAACCCCAGACCUGCGACGAGAUGCUGUUGGCGGUCCUGGCGCUUUCCUUCGAUUCCGGCCCUGGGGUCCACUCUCGGGCCACGGGACGAUCAAAAAUGGAUCCAUGUGCUAACAGUCGGCCCUGGGAGAGCUGUCGGGAACAUCGAUCAGCAAGUUGA